GAAAAGGUAUCUUUUUGUCUCAAAUCAACACUUUCCCAUGAUAGUGAGUUUAGGAGUUGUGAGUAGUGGCUGAAACUCACAGUUGAAAAAUGGUUGCUCACUUUGCCACUAUCCUUUUUACAGGAUUUAUGAUAUAUUCGGCUGUUCCAGGCUCAAGUCUAUUUUCAUGGCAUCCUACACUAAUGACAAUAGCUAUGAUGUUCCUUAUGUUUGAAGCUAUAAUGCUGUUUAACCAACAAAGCUCAUUGUUUUUAAGUUGGAGCCGAUUGAUUCGAGGGACAAUACAUGGGGUCAUGAUGUUUUUUGGAGUUGUGUGUGCAGCUGGAGGCUUCACUGCUAUUUACCUGAACAAAGACAGAAAUAAUAAACCACACUUUCAAACCUGGCAUUCAUGGUUUGGAGUUGGAACUUUAUGUUACUUGAUAUUGCAAACAAUAGGAGGCAUUGGAUUAAAAUACUACAAUAUUUUUCGUUUACCGGCAAAAUUAGUAGACAUGAAACUUUAUCAUGCCACUUCUGGCUUGCUUGCUUUUACAGGCAUUUCAAUAACUGUUUAUCUAGCAUUGUUUUCUGACUGGUUUUCAUCAGUAGCUGAUGGCACCACAUGGUUUGCCUGUGUGGCAUGUUUAUCUUGUAUGUCAUUGACUGUCAUGAUGCAGGUUACAUCCAAUUAUAUGCCACAGACCAAAAAAGUCCCACAAAAUGUUGAUACCAGACAAAAACAUGGAAAAAAGAAAUAAAAUUUAUCAAUUUUUAA